GUGAAAACAUAAACACGUGCGAUUCACGGCGUCGGUGUUUUUCAUACAAAAAUGGGCAAUUUUAAGCAAUUGAACACAAAAAUUUUCACCAAAUCUUCCCCAGAGCUCAGCGAUGAAGCAAUCUACUGGAAAAAGUUCUCGGCUCCAGCGAUUCUUAAAGAAUUCGGCCCCAUUGACAAUAUCGACGUGAGCACCGUGGAACCUCAUUACUUAGCAGUCACAUGUUCAGUUAGGGUACAAGUUUACAACUCAGUCACGAAAACAGUAUACAAAAAUUUCACAAGAUUCAAAGAAACGGCCUACGGAGGAAAAUUCAGGCAGGACGGAAAACUUCUUUGCGCCGGUGGCCACGAAGGCGAAGUGAAAUUGUUUGAUGUCGGCUCCAAAAACCUUCUGCGAAUAUGCAAAGGCCACGAAGGACCAGUCCACCGAUGUUACUUCUGCAUAAACAAUUCGCAGUUGUUUAGCUGCUCGGACGACAAAUCUGUUGCUGUUUGGGACAUUGCGAGUGAGAAAAUGGUCAACCAAUACAAGGACCACACAGAUUAUGUCAGGGCUGGAUGUGUUUCACCAAUUUCUGCAGAUAUAAUUGUUUCUGGUGGUUAUGACAACAGAGUUAUGAUGUACGACACAAGAACAAAUGACGUCGCCUUCACUCUAAACCACGGGGCCCCAGUGGAAAGUGUGAUUUUCAAUAAGACUGGAAGCAUCAUUAUCUCAGCAGGAGGAACAGAUAUUUGUUUCUGGGACGCGUUGGCGGGUGGAAAGUUGCUGAGCAGAAUCACCCCCCACCACAAAACGGUGACCUGUUUGGCCAUGGCCAGUGACGGCCUUCGACUUCUAUCAGGAGGCCUGGACAAAAGGGUCCGCAUCACAGACAUGACGGACCUGCAACCUGUCCACGUCCUCGAAUACCCUUCACCCAUUCUCACCAUUGGAGUCGAAGCCAAUGAUAAAGUUUUGGCUGUUGGAAUGGUGGACGGACUUGUGUCUAUUGCUAGGAAGUUGGAGGAGAGUUCUGCUCCUAAAGCUCAGAGAGUGCGAAUGACUUUAAGAGAUUGGAGGAAAAGUGAGGGUCUGAAACGUCCCUCAAAAAUCGAGACUCCGGAAGAAGGAGACUCGACCUUCACUGAAACAAAGAGAACCGAAAUAGCCAAUGUUGAGCGGCACCUUCGUUCCUACCGAUACUCGAAGGCCUUGGACGUGGCUAUAGUUCCUUACAACAUUAAUAAGAAACCUGAAUGUGUGGUUAGCUUGUUGCAAGAAUUGAUAAGGAGGAAAGGUCUGGCGGCAGCUCUGGCCGGAAGGGAAGAGCACAACGUUGCUCAGAUUUUGAAGUUUGUUAGCAAGAAUAUUGGAAACUUUGAAUACAUGCCCACACUGACAGAUGUCACAAACACCCUUAUUGAUGUCUAUGGGGAGGAAAUAUUCAACAUGCCAAUGGCUUUGGAUGCGUGUACUCAAUUAUUGGAAAUCUUGAAUGGGGAGGAGCAGUUUACACUAAAACUAUUAGAACUGCAGGGAGCGAUGGAGAUGCUAAAAAUUGCAUCUGAUUCUCAUAAAUCCAUGCCUGCAGUUGAGACAAAAAUUUUAACUUGAAUGUGGAAAAGGUUAUUUUUCUAUGAAUAAAAAAAAAACUAUUA